AUGGGUAAUCUGCCGGAGUCUCCAGUAACUGAAUCUCGACCAUUUACAAACGUCGGCGUCGAUUGCUGUGGGCUAUUUUACAUCAAGGAGAAACGAGAGCGUAACCGUCGACAGGACAAGGUAUAUGUAGCCAUCUUCAUAUGCCUAGCAGUCAAGGCGGUGCACAUCGAACUCGUUGGCGAUCUCACGAGCGAAGCCUUCAUUGCCGCUCUUCGUCGAUUCAUUGCACGGCGAGGGUUCUGUUCGGCCCUCCAUUCCGAUAAUGGCUCAAAUUUCAUCGGCGCAAACAACGACUUAAGGGAGCUCUACGAAUUGCUAAAAUCGGACGAUCACAUCGAAAAGGUAAUUACUUUCCUAACCAACAAGCAAAUCGAAUGGCACUUCAUACCUCCUCAUUCUCCACAUUUCGGGGGACUAUGGGAGGCAGCGGUGAAGUCCUCCAAACAUCACUUCAGAUGCAUCGUCGGUAAUGAGUCGUUUACGUUCGAGCAAUUCAAUACACUUGUCAUAGAAAUCGAAGCAGUUCUCAACUCCCGACCAUUAACACCCAUAUCCACUGAUCCCAAGGACCUCCUCGUCCUCACUCCGGGUCAUUUCCUCAUCGGCGAGUCAUUAAUGAGUGUGCGUGAGCGAGAUUUCAGGGACACUUCAUCCUACCGGCUCUCCAGAUGGCAGCAUAUCCAAAAACAUAAACAACAUUUUUGGAAACGCUGGCAUAAGGAGUACCUCAAUCAAUUGAACAACCACAGUAAAUGGACCAAGGGUGGACACAACAUACAAGAAGAUACAAUCGUCCUCCUCAGAGAAGACAACGUUCCAUCGAUGCAUUGGCCCUUGGGCCGUGUAGUCAAGGUCUAUCCCGAAGCCGGUGGCAUAAUACGGACAGCGACUGUGCAGACAUCAUCGAGCCUCCUGGACCGCGGCGUCAAACGACUGGUCCCCCUGCCAUGUCAAUCAGUUCAAGAUGAGUCCGGACAAUCACUGGCAUCGAAGGAGGUGGAUCACACACCCACAUAUAGAACUUGA